AUGGCGGACUGCUACAAGCUCACCGCCGUCUCCGACUUCACCAAGUAUGUCGAGGCCCUGUCGGAUGAGACGGGAUAUGAGGCCAGCAGACUCCAGGAGUGCAAGCCUGUGAUCUGCCAGGCCAUCUACGGCAUCGGCAACCCGGACAUCUCGGGCAUCGGCGUCGCCAUCGGCUACAUCAUUGAGAUCGCCCUCGGCUUCACCCUCGCCAUCCUUCUCCUCCUCCAAACCCGCCUCGACCCCUCGCUCAGGUCCAUCCCCUCGCAGGUCCUCCUCACCGGCCUCCGCAGCUUCUUCAACGCCGCCGCCUUCUUCUCCAUCGCCGUCCAGAUCGCCACCAUCUCCCUCCUCGUCCAGAAGGACUUCGGCAUCGCCACCUCCGACUUCGGCGCCAUCGAGGCCCAGAUCGCCCAGGCCGUCUCCGUCGUCUCCAUGCUGCCCCUGCUGUACCCGGCCCUCCUCCUCAGUGGCAUAGACUCCUCCUCCUCUUCCGCCUCCUCCUCCUCGCCCCGGUCCAACCCCCGCCUCUUCUUGCUCAACCUCGCCGCCGCGCUGUCCUUCUACCCCUUCCUCUCCCGCAACCUGCACGCCUUCGGGCCGGGCGACUCCCGCCCCAUCGGGGACGGGUCGGGCAGCGACGUGUCGACGGCGGACUGGGCCAAGGUCGAGAGGCUGUGCUUCGCCGACGGGCUCGACGGCCUGCGCCACGACGCGCUCUACGCCGCCAUCCCGCCGCUCGAGCUCGCCGCCUCCCUCGUCGUGUACCUCGCGACCCUCUGGCAGAUGUGCGGGCUCGUCGGCGCGCACUACUCCCCCGCCAAGGACCAGCAGAAGCGGCACGCCGUGGUUGUCGGCGCCGGCCGCGUCGUCCUCUGGCGGGGGAGGGUGGGCGAGUGGUUCCGCAGCCACCGGCUCUGGGCCGCCCUGCUCAUGCUCGUCCCGCUGGGGCUCGCGGUGCCUCUGCUCUGGGUCAUCUUCCACCUGCGGGGCUUGCAGGAGGAGCUGGCGAGGAACAUGGAGGAGGACUACGGGGGCAAUAAUUGGGGGUUUGGGCAGAUUGUGGCCGUGGUCUUGUACCUCCCUGUUGCGGUUGACAUGCUCUAUCGUGGGAGGUUUGGAUACCAGGUUUGA